AUGCGUACUUUUCAACAUUUGGUCUCUACCUCUUACUUGUUCCUGCUUGCUUUGUGCACGGUCGAGCCCUUUUCUCCAGACUCUGAAGCGCUCUUCUCAUCUGGCAAUUCCCGAAACGAACUCUGGCAUAAUGAAACUGAGACAUCAUCAUUGAUCAAUCAAUGGCCUGAUGCACGAAUACAUCGGUUCCUUGCCUUACGGGGGAGUUGGGAAGAAUCACGCAUGAACGCAGAACUUCCAAGAAAUGAGCUCGUCAAUAUGGCAGAGAAAGACCUCCUCAGACCUAUCAUCACAUCCCCAACGUCACCAGAUUUGGCCUUGUUUACCGAGAGCCAGUGCUCUCAGCUAACCGUCGACCAAAUCGUACACUGGGCGGCCCGACAUUCCGGCUACCGAGUCAACUCUCAUGGAGCAAACGUAUUUGACGCACCCCCGACGCUAGUACGAAGCAAGGAAAAGCGAAUUGCAGCUGUUAAACUAUGCGAGAAACUAUACCGAGAACGGGUAUACGGGGACAAAAUGCUCCCGCAACGGGAUUUAUCGGAGCUUAAUGGGAACAAUCAAGUUUACGUGGGGCCGGAGGAAACUGAUAUUGCCGCACAGCGCCUAUUUUCUGCCCAGAUCGCAGAGGCCGAAGCGGCACCUCAUAUAUUUGAACCCGACAUUAACCCCGCACUAGACAGAGCAGCUAAACACUCUAUUCAUGAUCUUCGAGCUUUGCUCGACGUAUUUGGCGUUCAAUGGGACGAUGGAGAAACGCAUGAAAUCCUCACUGAGAGAGCAAAAGCCCAUACUCGGUUAUGGAUUGGACAACGACCAAAACCUUCCAAAGUGCCCCUGCCCCCAUCUCUUCCCUCUGAAUGGCUGAUUGGACACUUGCGAUCGAUGCCACCGGGCAGCGACCACACAUAUUUUGCGAAGCUUGGAAAGGAUCUUGGCAGUGAUAUCAUUUCCUUUACUAUAAUGGGACAGACUACAGUUGUUCUAAACUCUGCAGCCGCCGCAAACGACUUAUUGGAGAAGCGAUCAUUGAUAUACUCGGAUAGGCCAAGUAUCAUGUUCAUCACUGACGAAUGGCUUGUCGACUGGAGACAUGCUGUUAGCAUGUGUCCAUACGGGCCGCGCCACCGCACCUACAGAAAAAUGAUGAAUAAAUUUAUUUCAAAAUCAGCGGCGACAGCCUAUCACCUGUAUCAAGAAGCUGAGAUGCGCGCGUUCCUGAAAAGACUACUGGUGUCUACCGAAAGACUGGAGGAUGAUUUUCGACAAGUCUCGGGAGCGAUUAUCAUGCGUGCUACGUAUGGUUAUCGUGUUCGAAGUGCUGACAAUCAUUUUGUGACCCUAGCGGCUACGACAAACGCAAAUCUCAUGCGGGCGGGUUUGCAGUCGAAUUCAAUCGUAAAUGUUAUCCCGAUAUUAAAGUACCUACCCCCAUGGUUCCCUGGAGCACAGUGGAAGCGCGAUGCCCUUGAGUGGCGAGGUCAAAAGGAUAUAAUGAUCAACGAAACUUUUAAUUGGACGAAACGCCAAGUGCGAGAAGGGAGAGCCGACUCAUCGAUAGUACAAACACUACUGGAGGAUAUUCCAGAGAGUGGAAUGAGUGUAGAAGACGCAGAGGAUCACAUCAAGCAUAUAGCUGGGACUAUGUUUCCUGCCGGAUCUGAAACUACCGUUGCCUCGUUCAUGAUUUUCAUAUUGGCAAUGACAUUGUAUCCUGAGGUUCAGCAAAAGGGCCAAGAAGAGAUCGACCGCGUUAUUGGAACUGACCGUUUGCCUACUAUGAAGGAUCAAGAUUCACUUCCCUAUGUUAAUGCUAUCAUAGAAGAGAUCAUACGUUGGCAGCCAGUCACCCCUCUCGGAAUGCCACAUCGAACCGUUCAAGACGAUAUAUACAAGGGUUAUCUAAUUCCAAAGGGGGCGACUGUUCUUGGAAACGUCUGGGCUAUUACAAGAGAUCCGGAAGUUUAUCCCGAUCCCGAAUCUUUCAACCCCGACAGGUUUUACCAGAAAGCAACUUCGCCCGCUCCAGGCUUCGGAUGGGGACGCAGGAUAUGCCCUGGUCAAUACAUCGCAGAAGCUUCGCUCUUUAUUGCAGUCGCCUCAAUGCUGGCUGCCUUCACCAUUAAGAAAGCCCGGGACGAAAAUGGGAGGGAGAUAACACCGACAACCAAGGCAAAGGAAAGUUCAUUAGUAUAUCACCCUGCCCCGUUCAAGUGUGAUAUCCAGCCCCGUUCGGCACAUUACAGCGCUCUUGUAUCCGCCCUUCCAGUCUGA